AUGGGUGUCCGCGUGUCGUCCUCAUCGGUCCUCGUAGUCGCCCUCAUGGUGUCCUCAUGUCGGCUCAUUGGUGUUCCUCGUCGUCUCGCCCUCAUGGUGUGUCCUCAUGUCGUCCUCAAGGGUGUCCGCCACGUGUCGUCCUCAAUAGGUGAUCUCCUCAUCGUGAUCGCCUCCAAUGGUGUCCUCCAGAUAGUCGUCCUCAUGUGUCCCUCCAGUGUCGCCCCUCAUGGGUGUCCCCUCAGUUUCGCCCUCAAAUUGUGUCCUCAUGUCGUUCCCUCAUUUAGUCCUGUGUCGCCCUCAUGGUCUCUGUGGUUGUGUUCCAGCCGGCGGCGGUCCAAGAGUAAGAGUCCCGUGAGGAAGGAGAAGAGUCCGGUCCGGCUGCCCACGGACACCCUGACCCCCGAGGAGAGGGACGCCCGCACCGUGUUUUGCAUGCAGCUGGCCGCCAGGAUCCGCCCCCGAGACCUGGAGGACUUCUUCUCCGCCGUGGGCAACGUCCGGGACGUGAGGAUGAUCUCGGACAGGAACUCACGCAAGUCGAAGGGCAUCGCCUACAUCGAGUUUGUGGAGGCGACAUCGGUUCCUCUCGCCAUCGGGCUGACGGGGCAAAGGCUGCUGGGAGUUCCCAUCAUCGUACAGGCCUCGCAGGCGGAGAAAACCGCGCAGCGGCUCUGCAGGCUGACUAACGCCUCCAGAGGAUCCCGGCCCUAUGAGGUCUCGUACGUCGGCGUCGCUCUGCAACUUCAACAUCACCGCAGGAGCAUGCUCCGGGGGAUCUUCGAGCCCUUCGCCAGGAACCUCGAGAGCAUCCAGCUGACUGAUAGGACAGCGCCACGGGAACAUUACUAAAUGUCUACGCCUUCAAGCACU